UGACAAUUCUAAAUUCCAUAACCUUCUUUUUUUGUUUUGUUUUAAAAAUUUCAAAUAUUCCUGCUGAUUCUGAUCCAAAAUGUGGCGUAAUUUAUUAGCAAUACCGCAAAAUCUAAUUAAAAAUGCGUCACAAAUAACUAAAACAUUUCCCAAGCAAAUAUCCACUACAAACUCGCUGUCGAUGUUCAUACAAACCCAAGAAACCCCCAACCCAAACAGCCUGAAAUUUCUACCAGGCGUUCAAGUUUUGGACAACGGACACACCAUUGAUUUCCCCAAGCCACAAGAUGCUUUUUGUUCCCCUUUAGCUAAACUACUAUUCCGUAUUGAGGGCGUUAAAAGCGUCUUUUUAGGCUCAGAUUUUAUCACUAUUACUAGAACAGAUGAAGAAAUUGAAUGGAAGAUAAUUAAACCGGAAAUCUUUGCAACUGUUAUGGAUUUUUUCGCUAGUAAUUUGCCUGUGCUCAAUGAAGCUAAACCUAAUCUCGAUACUCAAAUUAAUGAAGAUGAUGAUGAAACAGUCCAAAUGAUAAAAGAAUUACUAGACACAAGAAUAAGGCCUACUGUGCAAGAAGAUGGAGGAGAUAUAAUUUUCAUGGGCUAUGAUGACGGUGUAGUAAAAUUGAAAAUGCAAGGCUCUUGUUCCAGUUGCCCUAGUUCUGUAGUCACUUUGAAAAAUGGAGUGCAAAAUAUGCUACAGUUUUACAUACCCGAAGUUGUAGCUGUUGAACAAGUUACCGAUAAAAGUGAUGAAAUUGUUGAAAAGGUUUUUGAGGAAAUUGAUAAGAAACUUGAUGGCUGAAACUCAACAAAAACAAUAAUCUUUAUUAUUAUCAUCUUUUUGAUUAUUUUUUUUUGGUUUUGUCUCUAGGGUAACUUCUUGUAACCAAUUAUUGUCUUCGUGCCUAUCAGGAUCUAAGUCAGGCAAAGCCUCUGCAAUCCUCUUAAACAACUGCUUAACAUUAUAGCUGCACUUAGCACUAGUUUCAAUAAACAAAACAUCUAAUUCCUUA